AUGACGGGCUCGCAGGCUGCAACUCUGUUCGACCGAACCACCCAAGGUAGACUGCCCGGGUACAUGAACAUGACCCUAUCAAACAUCGCAACCAACAGCGACGGAGCGGAAAUCAGAGACACCCUCCGCUUCGCUCAAAGCCUAAGCGUGUUUGCCACAGCGCUCGACCAGGAACCACGAGAGGACCCCGCCAUCGUUAUCUUCCGGCGCCUCCACACGGAAUGGGCCAAACUGAUUCCGGUCCGUCACAGAGCCAACCCCGAAACCAACCCGUUCUAA